GAGCUCGGUGACAGACAGACGGACAGACAGACAGACAGACGUAACGGAAGUGAAGCAUCAGUCGUUAGGUCCAGCUACUACUUCACAGCAUGGGCAACGGCAAGGUGUACUCGACGAUCGUGCUCAUCAGGCUGAUCUACGCCGGCAUGCACAUAUUCACCAAGGCGGCGUUCGAGGAGGGCACCAGCACCACCGUCUUCGUCUUCUACCGGCACGCCGUCGCCGCCAUCUUUUUGGCGCCUUUCGCCUUCUUCCUCGAGAUCAGGCAGGGGUCGGCGCCACCGCUGACGUUCAGACUCUCCGUCAAGAUCUUUGCCCACGCCUUCUAUGGGUAUGCGUCGACGAUUACGACGACAUCUAGAUCACUGAAACUCCAGUUUGUUGCUUAUGGUUUGUUCUUGUGUCACUCACUCAGGAUGGCUGGAACGAUAAACCUGUAUAGCAUUGGCCUGAAUUAUGCUUCGGCAACCUCUUCGUCGGCCAUCUUCAACAUCGUCCCCGUGGUUGCAUUCAUCCUGGCCGUCAUGUUCAAGAUGGAGACUCUGAAGUUGAAGAGCGUCCACGGCAUGGCCAAAGCCUCGGGGAUACUUCUGUGCAUCGGAGGAGUGGUCGCGCUGGCGCUGUACCAAGGCCCCCAGCUCAAGUCCUUGAACCACCACCCGCUCCUGCACAGCACCGGCACGGCCGUGCACGCGCGCCUGGAGAAGAACUGGGCGCUCGGCAUCUUCCUCAUGACCGCGUCGGUCGUGAUAUGGGCCCUGUGGACAGUACAGCAGGGCCCCCUGUUGCUGGAGUACCCAUCCAAGCUUCUCAACACGACGCUCCAGUGCACCUUCGCCAGCGUCCAGUCGUUCGUCAUCGCCCUGGUCAUGGAGAGGGACUUCUCGCGGUGGAAGCUCGCCGGCGGCAUGAGCCUCUUCGCAGUGCUCUUCACGGGCAUUGUUGUGGCGGCGAUCUCCUACUACCUGCAGAUCUGGGUGAUCGAGAAGAAAGGCCCGGUGUUCCUGUCCAUGUCCAUGCCGCUCAGCCUCGUCUUCACCAUGGUCAUCGCCUCCUUCCUGCUGGGAGAAGACGUGGGCCUGGGAAGCAUUAUCGGUGGCGCGCUGCUCGUUGCCGGUCUCUAUGCCGUGCUCUGGGGCAAGGGGAGGGAGGAGCGAGGGGCGGCCGUGGACGCCGCUCUGCCGCAAAGGAGGACGGAGGAAUCCAAGGAGAGCGAGAUCGUCCCGGACGCGACGGCCAAGGUUUGAUGCCCACCUGGCCUCCCCUGGGUGCGCUUUGUAGUGGACCUCGAACAUCUUAUCUACAGUACGACUGGUGUUUUAUGCCACGACGACGAUGAUGCUUGCUGUUCUUCAGAGUUCGGAAUCAUUUACGUCAGUUGUUUGUCAUGUGUACUACGUAGUUCUUGCAAUGUUGCUAGUUUAUCGUCGGAAAAGGGAUCACCGGCAAGAUGCACGGCAGAUGUCAAGUUAUAAUGGAAUCUAGAAGAAUUCAUUAACAUGCUGCUAAUGGGACUGUCCAGUAUGAGUUUACGAUGCACAGAAUGUUUGCUGAUUAACCAGUUUGUCAUCCAACAAUUCUUUUCACACUAUAAUAUAAUUACUUAACUUU